GUUAAACAAACAAACAAACACAACAGAAAUAACCAAUAAGCGGCAAACAUCGUAACCGAAGUAUCCAGUAAUUUGAAUUACAUUUCAUGUGAUCGAAGCUCAAAUAACUCGUGACGCGGCAUUGCAUUCAAGAGAAUCAGUUCACCGUCACCGACGCAUCCUAGAAUUAGACCGCAAAUUUUCGACACAUUUCACGUGAUCGAUGCUCAAAUAAAUCGUGACAAGACAUGAUUGCAUUUCAAGGGAAUAUAUGAUGUUCGACACUGACUCGCUAAAUACACGAGUGCUUUGGAUUACCUUUAAAUUUUGGUUGCCCCCAAAAAUUUGGUCAUACCGACUGACCUGUCCAGCAGUCCACGGGCUGUGAACAGAAAAUGUCUCUCAUACUUGGGCUAGAUCCGUGCGGAAAUGCUACAGUUACACCUCCAAAUUAUUUGUCUUUCUUCACGGCCUCAUCUUCAAUAUUAAUUACUAUCGUUGCGUCUGUUGGAAACUCUCUUGUGGUCAUUGCUGUCAUCUGGAAUCCUUACAAAGACUUGCGGACACCGUUUAACUACUUCGUAGUCAAUCUUAGCAUUGCGGACCUUGUCGUUGGACUCAUUCUAGGGCCUUUGUCUACGAUUUCUCACGUGCUUGAGGGACUUGACAUGCUGAAGCCGCCUUUUAAACACGCAGUCCAUAUAGUGUACUUCACUUUUUGCACCGCGUCACUUCUCAGCCUAACAGCCAUGGCGCUCGAUCGCUAUCUCGCCAUAAUGCACCCUCUGAGUUAUCGAACCAACCUUAGCCCUGUCAGGGCGUUGUUGAUUUCAGUUCUGUUGUGGAUUGUGUCCAUUCUGCUUUCGAUGAUCUAUUUCAUUGUGGGGUACGACAGAUUUCGCUUCAUCUUUGCGAACACUGCUGUAGCUGUUACCAUCAUUGACCUGAUCUUUACAACAACGAAGAUUCUGAAGCAUUUGCGACACCAGAUGCAGCAAUGGGACGACUUGCUCGAGAGUUCAGGGGAGAACUUGAUUAUGAGAAAGUUAAUGAUGUGGGAAAAGAAAAUGACGAAAACACUGCUCAUUGUAACGCUGUUGUUUCUUACUUUUUAUCUCCCAUCAUGUAUUUUUAUUUACAUCAUCGACCUCUGCACAAAUUGUCAUUGUGUGUUUAUUCAUUGGAUCAGGGACUUUCAGUGGCUUCUUGUAAUGACCACUUCAGCCGUGAAUCCAUUUGUGUACGCCUGGAGAUUGGAAAAUUUUCGAAGGGUUUUCAGGGGCAUUGUGACAUGUCACACGUGUAUUAGGUCCAUGUCAGUUUUGAACCACAAUCAUUAUCAACCGUUGUGAACGCUAAUGGGUCUUAAAACAGCUACGUGUGAAAGGUGCAAUUUAGUUGAUAUAGAGGACGUUAAGUAGACAGCCGAAUAAACUGAAAUGCAGAACUACCAGAAAGGUAAUUUCAAAGGCCUAUGGCGGCCAUAAGCCGGUGGGGGUCAAUAUGUGUAAAGCACGGGACGGUUUUCUCCAUGAUGACUGUCUCGUGGGGUAUACGUGACAAAUCAACAUCACACACCGCUGCUGACCGACUAUCGGUUUAUUUCGGUUGAUAUCGAGCGACCUUUAGAUUUGGGUAGGUGUACGACAAUGUGUUCGAUUAACAAUUUUCAAUUUCAGUGCUCGUGCUUUCGCUUGGUAUACGUCACAUAAAUCUUGUACCGAUAGUCUACUAACUAUUAACUGAAUGUCAGUGAUGUUUGUAAAACAAGACGGUAUGAAAAAAGA